AAAAUAAAUUAAUUUAUAAAAUUUUGUAAAAUUUACACAAAAAAUACUCAAAACAGUUCAUACAGGACCACAGCCUAACUAAGUUUUAGAACAAAUUUGAAACAUUUUUCAAAUGUAAUGACCACCGGUAAUACCAUAGUUCUCACUGUUUGUUUACCUAUCCACCAGCAACGUGCUACUGACAGUUCUUUUUAUGCCGGUUCAGUACGUAAAUUUUUCUUGUGUCGCUUCAAAGCGCUUUACAAAGCUUUCUUCUAGGUAGACAAACAUAUUUGUUAAAGUUACCAGGAAAGCGGUUGUAAGGAUGGCGUCGCCGUACAUGCAGUUUGAUGCCGACACUGGUGGGAACAUACAGUUGGAGAGCGCUCUGAACCCGUUCAAAUUUGCCGAUAGCCGGAAGGAUGAAGUGUAUCAGAUGCUGCGCAACAUGACCAGCACAAUGCACCAGCGGAAGCUGAUGCACCAAUCGCUACCCCUUCAUAUGCGUCGUCGAGCCAUGUCGUACGAAGUGAACCGUUUGCCGCGAAAGUUCCGUGUCGUGCACACGGCACAGUUCAGCAAGAGCGGCGUGUCGGAGAAGAAAAAGCGUCCUUCGCGCAAGUUCCGUCGCAAAGCGCACAAUCUCCUCAAGGAAUAUGAACGUCGGAAACGGGCGUUUGUGUGGCUGGAAACGCACGUUUGGCACGCGAAACGAUUCCGCAUGUCGUCCCGGUGGGGGUACAAGAUUCCGCUUACACCGUAUAAUAAAUGUUACCGGUCUAGCUAUCGUGCCACCUCGAAACACUGCUUGAUGCACGAUCUUUCGUACGAAGGCUGUGUAGAAGUUAGCGGUCCGGAAACGCUUCUGAUGGAAGGCUUGCGAAGAUUAUGUAGCGAACGAACAGGACUCACCGUAGCUGCCAAAGCAUACACCGCUGGGCAUCGUGCAGGUUUCGCUUGGUUGUAUGAAGAUGGUGCGUACCCGUACAAUUGCCUUGGUAAAGUACGGUUCGUGUGGCGUGCAAGUGGAGCCGGCGAUAACACCGAACGUCGCACUAUCUGGAUGUUUGCGCAUCCAACGUUUUACCGCCAAUUGGUCGAACAGUUGGUUAAAGUUUUCCAGCUCAAGAACGCAUUACGCGCGACAAACCAAACCAUUGAAGAUAUCACCCGGAAUCCAACCGACAUUCGAUGUCCACGGUACACUUCCGAAUCAUCCGGCGUCGAGGUAGUGGAGCUAAAGGACACACUUAACCGGUUUCACCUCACAGGACCACUUGCUCAUGCCACAAUCGUGAAAACGUUUCGCUUAUUCACACCACCAACGCAAACGAACACGUCCCAUCGGACGUGGUUUAAUGAUUUCAUCGACACCACACCGAAGUACAAUAAAAUUCUCACACAACAAUCAAGCUACUGGACGGAUAUCAAAGAUUUAACCUCACCGGGCGAACUAUCUCCGGGUGAAGUGAUUGCACUGCUCGUGCAGGAUCCGCGCUUGAAUCGACCCAACAGACGCACCAAAGCGUUGCCCGAUGUGCCUGCACGUUACAACUUCACAUCAGCCGUUCUUCCACAGCUGGCACAACCCCGAGCCAUCAGAAGCUUUUCGCCCAUGUGGGACGAAACGGUCCGCAGGCGUAUCACCGAAGAGAUGAAAACAACGCAUGAGUUAAAUCAGCUGCAUAGUGUCGAAACAUUGAUCCCCGAAGAACUGUCCGUGUCGGAAACACAUCUCCAGCCACUGCCCAUUCUCUUGCUGCAAUCACCCGGUUCGCAGGAUGCCGACUACAAGCGGCUCGGAUACGGAUCCAGCUGGGAAGUGAUCGUGCCCGCCGGUUACGGUUUAGCCGUUUGGCAUUCGUUGGUAAUAUGGGGCGCAAAAUCUGUCGGUCAAAAGGAACUGGAAAUGAUCGCGCUCGAGUCCGGGGUCGAUCGGUCCGAUGUGCCGGAUACGAUGCUCGGUAAGGAGGAAGCGGUCCACAAACAGUCGGAAGCGCUGAACCGAUACUUUAACCGCCCAAACAACAAGCGAGUUAACUACACGAAACUUGCCAUCGCAUCACCGUUUCUCUGUCCCUGGACGCAGCUCGUGCGAGAGUGGAAUAAUGCGCAAAAUGGAUCCGAUCGGCCUUUCUUCGUUUUGCGCGAUCAAGAAAUAUUAGCAAAAUUAAAGCUAGCUUUAGAUCGCAAAUUUAACAUUCAUUCCAUCGGUCUUUCACCGGAUGCGCUCGUACCCGUGCUGCUAACACUUAAAACGCGUGGCAAUCCGGGCAAUAAUGCGAUCAUCUGUCUCCCGAACCGUGGUGACUUCCGCACGAACAAACACAAUCGAAUGACGGCCAUCCACGGUCCGGUUUAUGUGGAACCCGCCCGAAAAGAUCCACACGGCCCGGAACGGAUCGUACUACGGGCGCAACAUCUAACCAUGCUGAAGCGCCUAAGGAACCGCCGAGUACGGGAGAAGAAACGUUUGCAGCGUGCCAAUCCGGGUGUACUGGUGCGCAUACCGAAGGCAAACAACCGUGCGCUGGUUGAGGAACAGUUGAAACGAAUGUCCGAACUGUGGCUACCAGCAACACCGGAAACCGUCCGCAACCAGUGCACGCGGGAGUGUUUCGGGUACGUAACGCAAGGUGGAUUCAGUCUGUCAGAGGGAACUGUCAACGGAAUUGGAUACGUAACGGCGAAAGGGUUAGUGAAGCUGUUUAAAAUCUGCACCAAGGGUACGAUUAAAGUGCUCGUAAGAGGCACACGUACGAGGGGCUAUCGUUUCGCCACAAUUCGUUUAACAUUCUAGAAAUAGAUAGUGUGAUAACAAUGAAGCUAAUUUAGUUAAGUAUAACAUUAAACGAAUGUGCCUAAAGCAAUAUACUGCAGAUUGUUGAAUUGAAUGUUUCAGUGAAUAAAAAAAAAAACAACUAACGCACCAAUCCAUCGAAUCAGAACUUUCGGUUUGUUUUUUAACCUAAAAUAUAUUAUUAAAUCUCUUGCGGUGUUCUUACACACCGAAUUCGGAUUACAUUAGUAUGUAGCUGAUUAGUAUUUGCCUUAUACGGAUUUGCCGCCCCGUAGCCUCUACCUUUCUCUCUCCCGGUCUCGUUUUCUUGCUAUACUCCUGCAUUGAAUGGUGUCUUUUGCAUUCAUAACAUAUACGUAUUUGCUUUUCAUUAGUUGACGAACUGGUCACUGAAGCAUGAAAAAGAAGGUGCACGAUACUUUUAUUUUAUCUUCUGUGUUCUUUUAAGGAUUUGCCGAAAGGGAAGGAGGACCAUUGAGAACGUGAAAGGAUACGAAAAGUAAGUCUUGCACGUUUAUAGUUGCAUAUCCGAAUUGAUACCGAUAUGCCGAAGGGAAGUGAAUGUUUAUUAGAGAUAAUUGAGACAGAAAAGAAGUUGAACGUUUUGCAGAUGACUUCUUACAAUUAAAAUUGUUCCAUUUACUGAGGGUCACACUGAAUGUCAUAAAAGAGAACUUAUCAUCAGGUAAAUUAUUGUUAAAUUCGAAUAUACUUCUACUU